UCACAUACUAUCGUUCAGGAUUGUUAUUAUAUCCCGAACAAUUCAACUGGACUGGAGUAGCUGCUAAGGUCUUAAUAAUAUCUUAAGACAUAAGACUGUAGUAAGAACAAGGAUGACCCUCAGGUGUUGAACCUCAUCCGAAAAGCACCCAAGAAAGAAACACUAGCAACAGGCCCGUCGGCAAAACCGAAACCAAAGACGGACCGAAACCGUUCCAAACCGGUUCAGCUCGGCGUGUCGUUGCGUGUCGCUGCAUGUCGUUGUGAGCCGUGCGAAACCGCUUUCCGCGGUGGUUCGAGUUCGUGUUCCGCUCUCUGAACCGCUCCUCUCAGAGCUGAACCUGAACCGCUCUCCCCGGUUCGGCUUAUUUUUACAUAUUUUGCGGUCUGAGUAGGGGAAUUCAAUUUAGUCAACGCAAGUCACUCAAGUAGGUCGCAACGCACGACAAAAAACCAAACACCAAACUUUCAUAACCGUAAGCCGCGAAAAAUGUCAAGAAGAUACCCGAACCCGGUGUCGAAGUACUUUAUCUACUACGAGAAGACCCGGAAGAGCACCUGCAAGGCGUGCAACUUCGACAUGGCCGGUCGCCACUCCGAGAAUCUGAUGAGACACCUCAAACGCAAGCAUAAGGACCUCUACGAUUCCGUGGUGGCCGAUAAGCGGGCCAUACUGGUCCACCGCCAGCAGCAGGCAAAACAGGCCGAAGACCGCGCUCUGGCCUCCAUGUUCCACUUUCCAGCGGAACCAAAAAGAAUUCUCAUUACCAAGGACUCCUCCCGACCAUCGACCAAUGGUGCCACGGAAUCCGCCGAUGUGGUGGCUGGUGAAGAGGCUGGCGAUGGAGAUAACGGGUACAACGCAUCGGCCAGCCAAUUCGACGGCAUCUUCAUAGGGAAGUCGGAGCUGCCCGAUGAGGUUGAUCAGUUUGACAACUCUGGUGACGUCGAACUGGAGGCAGUCGAACCUUCGACAUCCCUUAGGACGACGUCCGCCAGCUUGGCCCCUAGUUCCUCCACUACUCCUGCCCCGACCGCUGUUUGGGCGCCAUCUGCUGUCGCCCCGACUGUUUUUUCGGUGCGUGCAUCGUCAUCGAACUGCCCGCUGGAUGGCGACGACUCCUUCUACCUCCAGUAUCUUGGUAACAAGUUGAGCAAGUACUCGCCCCGCACCAAGAACACAGUCCAGUUCCAGAUCAAUCGCAUCCUGUACAAGGCCGAUAUGGGGCAGUACGAGGACUCAGUUCCGCCCUGCGAUUCCGACUAG